AUGUAUCCGAAAGGUUUUGAGAAUGGCACAGCUGACGACCACAAAUUGGAAAAUAAUGCAACAAAAGCAGUUAGACACACCUCCUUCGAUCAUGGUAUUACUUUUACAGAUAAACCAGUUAAUAUUAAUGAACGUAUACACUUGAAAAUUGUUGAGGUUGAUGAAACUCGGCAAUGGUGUGGUUCAUUAGCUAUAGGCUUUACUCAAGUUGAUCCAAAUACGAUCCGUCAAGAAGAUUUACCGAAAUCUGCUCUACCCAAUCUCAGCCCAACUAAUAAAUUUUCUUAUGUGAAACGUUUGUAUGAAACAUUGACAAAACAACUUUGUAUUAUUUUUUAUUAUAACCCUGAUGGAGCUUAUUUCAUUCUCGAUGGACGUGAACAAGACAUAUCAAAAGCAAUUGAUUUCAAGAAACCUCUAUGGGCUGUUAUUGACAUUUACGGAAAUGUGAAAGCUGUAACUUUUACCACUCCACCGAAAACAACUGACGAUGGCAAAUCUUUAUUUGCUAAAUACCCGCAAAAGCCAGAUAAACUACCGAUCCGUUAUUUUACACAUCUGAAGCCUGAAAACUUUCAACCAGUUACAUUCAGUAAUGUUCAUGGACCCGAAUUAGAAUUAUACUGUGAAUAUAAAGUUGCAUUACGGAAACGUUUACAAAAACUAGUCCGACCUUAUUUAUUCAUAAAUUUCCCUAUGGCACCUGGUGACGAGCUCUACAUACGCAUCUUAUCAAUUGACCCGAACUAUCGAACACCAGGAAUCUUUGGUUUCACUAAUGUUCGCCCAUCCGCAUUUACAGAUAAAUUAGAAACUUUACCCGCUAAUGAUCCUGCGGCAUUAGUUGAUCGCAAGGAAUAUUGGCUUCUACGCGAAGAGCCCUUCGAUGAAACACUUAGUGAACUUGAUGAAUAUCGAAUCUUAUUUGACAGAACAAGUGGAGAAAUUCUCUUAUGUCGAAAUAAUGAUACCGUUUCUCAACCACGAAUAUUAACAUUUGCUGAUCUCAAUCAAACAUUCUAUCCCUUUUUAUUUCUGAAUGGUCGUAUAACCGCUCUUUCCGUCUUUGGCCUAAUUGCUCAGAAUGUUCUCGUUACUGAUGCCAAUCCGACGACUAGUUUAACCAGCCGAACAGAUGUUAAUGAUGAAGAUGAUGAUUCCGAUCGUUGUACGAUUUGUUAUGAUGCAAAAGCAACUUGUGUACUUAUCCCAUGCGGUCAUAUGAUAUUUUGUACGAAGUGUAAAGUUGACUAUGAAAGUAGAUCAGCAAAAAUUUGUCCGAAAUGUCGAGCAGAAUACGAACAAGCGAUUGAAGUGGAAGCGGAUUGA